AUGAGCAACGGGGCCCUAAGAUCAGGAAGGGUGAUCAUCCACACACAGUUGCCAAGAAACAACGUCUGGCCAACAGUAAAGAAAACACGUGGCCGGAUUGUAGAUGAAAACGGUAAUCCAGUCUAUGCGGACGAACAACGUCUUCCAAAGAGAAAAGUUGCAGUCAUGGUUGGAUAUUGCGGAACAGGGUAUCAUGGAAUGCAAUUGAAUCCACCUAACAAGACCAUUGAGGGGGAACUCUUUGAUGCGUUUGUGAAGGCUGGUGCUAUUUCUAGGAACAACUCCAACGAUUUGAAGAAGAAUGGGUUUAUGAGAGCUGCUCGUACCGACAAGGGUGUCCACGCUGCAGGUAAUGUCAUAUCCCUAAAGAUGAUUAUCGAGGACCCUGAAAUUGUCAGCAAGAUAAACAAUGAAUUGCCCGAACAAAUCAGAGUCUGGGGAUUACAAAGAACAAACAAGGCGUUUGAUUGUAGAAAGAUGUGUUCUUCAAGAGUUUACGAGUACCUCAUGCCAACGUAUUCCUUCUUACCGCCACGUCCAGGAUCGGUUUUGGGCAAACAGAUUGCCGACGCCAGUCUUGAAUUCAAGGGCGAAAAGAGAGACGAUGCCGAGGGAGAGGCAUUUUGGAGUGAACUGAUGGAGAAAUGUUCUAAGGAAGGUGUUAGUAAAGAGGAUAUUGAACAGGUGUUUGAGGCUAACCGUUUAGGUUUGGACCUGAAUGUUCCAUUAGAGAAUGCAGCAAGUAACUUCCGUCGGAUCUCUAGAGAAAUGAGAGGGAAGUACCGUGUCUCUGAGAACCGGUUGCAACUUGUUAGAGACGCCCUCAACAUCUACGUUGGCUCUCACAACUUCCACAACUUUACCCUGGGCAAAUCGUACAAGGAUCCCAGCGCCAAGAGGUUUAUGAAAUCCUUCAAAGUCAGUGAUCCAUUUCUCAUUGAGGGUACCGAAUGGAUCUCCAUCAAGAUCCACGGCCAGUCGUUCAUGCUCCAUCAGAUCCGUAAGAUGAUUGGAAUGGCUGCCCUAGUGAUACGUACUGGGUGUCCAUUGUCACGGAUCCAAGAGGCUUUUGGAGAGUCCAAAAUCAACAUCCCAAAGGCACCGGCCUUGGGAUUACUGCUUGAACAGCCCGUUUACGAUUCGUAUAACCAGCGGUUGAAGGAGUUUGGCCACGACGAGCUCUCCUUUGCCAAGUACGAGAAGGAGAUGGACGACUUCAAACACAAGUACAUCUACGACAAAAUCUUCAAGGAGGAGCAAGAGGAACAUGUCUUUUCAGGGUUCUUCUCCUUUAUCGACGCAUUCAACGGCGUCAACGAAAACAACGGCGUCCCCAUCUUCCAAUUCCUCACGGCAAGGGGUAUUGUCAAACCAGACAAUGGCGAUGCUUAG